AUGAAACUGUUAACAAUCUUGCAAAUUUGUCCAAUUGCGUUAUUAUUCGUUAUCCAUCAGGAAAGAGUUUUAGGACAAACGUUGUACCCGUAUGGCGGGACGCCAAUCGCGUACGACAACUAUGGAGACGACGACCUCGGGCUUUUACUAACUGUAUUGCUUUUGGCAACGAGAAACACAAAUGGCAACUGUAAUUGUUGUAAUUGCAAUUAUAGUAGAGGAACUAAAACCAUUCCGGUACCUUUCCCAAUACCCAUACCAACUAACAAUCCUAUCAUUACCAAUCGUUCAUCUGGCUUCGAAUAUUCAGAAGAGGAUGACACUGAUGAGAUACAAGAAGAAUACAAACGGAAUGAAUCGAGCUCAUACGAAGUAUCUUCGAGGAAUGUAACCCUAUCUUAUGUUCCGGUUCCGAUUAUUCACGGACAGAUGGAUACUUUGAUAAACAAUCCAAUAGGAGGACAAAAUCUAAAUCAAGCUCUUACAAGCAAAGCCGGAAUAAAGAGCGCUAAUGAAAAUUUAAUUCAAAAUGACAAUCUCUCAAAAGGCUUUAAUUUUAACAAUAUAGGACAGUACAAUUCACAGCAAUCUCAGCUUUCACCAACCCUACAACAGUCUUUUCCAUUACAACAAAUGCCAAAUGUACAACAAAAUCCGCCAUUGAGUUUAUCACAAAAUUUAACACCACUUGUAAACCAACAACAAAACCAAUUAUCUGAAUUACAAUUGCCCAUUACCUAUCAACCCUUAAAUGUACCCCAAUCUUCAUACUUUCAACAGCCACAAUUAAAAGAUACUUCAGGGUCUGUCUUUCCUGCUAUUCAGCAAGCUUCAGUUCAAUCGGUUAAUCCGCAACCCCUGAUUAGAAAUAAUUACCAACAAAUUCCUAUUGGCUCAAUGAUGCAACAAAUCCCUGUGCAAGUAUCUCAAGCAAUACCAACUCCGAAUUCAUAUAUAUCUACUUAUUCGUCUAUCCUUCCAGUAUCCAACUAUGGCUCUCAAUGUGUGGGUUUUAUCCCUAAUUCAGAAAGUAAUUAUGCUAGGACAUUUGCUGCUGGUCCGAUUUCUGAAACACAAAUUGUUAAAUCUUACCCUGUACAAUACCAAGCGGGAUUACCGACUUCAAAUUUAUCGGUAUUAGGAAGAAAUAUUAUACCUUAUCAAAAUCAAGUUUUUGGUAUAGCUAAUAGCCCACUAGAUAUUCAAAACCCUAUCGCUGCAAAUAAUGAUAUAUUUGAAUCCGAUAAUUUAACAUCUCUUCUUUUGUCUUUACUGCAAACUCCGAAAUCUACAAGCUACCCUCAAUAUUACGGUCGUAAUUCAUACGUGCCCUAUGGGACUUAUAACACAAAUACAGGAUCUAAAUCUACUAGUUUAAAAUCUCUUUUACCGCUUAUUUUUGACUUAAUAAAGGAAAGAAGACAAAAUUGCGGGUGCAAUGACUGUUGUAGAUAUAAUCGAAACAAUAAUUUAAAACAACAAGUAGAGCCUGAAAUCAACGGCAACUAUUCAAGGAAGCGAGAUUACAGUUUAAGAGAUGAAAUGUUCCACGACAACGAUUCCAAUGAAGACAUACCGAGAAUUGCCAGAGAACAUAAGAAGUGCAAAAGUAAAAGUCCUAUUCCUAUCGAAAGCAUGGAAAGUAAUGAAAAUGAUGAAAAAGAUUCAGAUGAAUUCUCUGAAGAACAGGAUAAU